GCAGGCGGCGCUGUUCCGCAGGCUGGGGGUACAGCGGCUCCGCGCACCGCAGCACACCGAGCUGAGUCGCGGCUCCUCGGCCUCUUCGUGACUGAUUUCAGGGUACAAAUGUCUCGGUUCUCGCUGUUUUCCGCCAUGUUUUAACCCCGCGGUCCGUUCUCUCACCGCCCGGGCGGAGAUGGCGCAGAGCUGGGCGGACAGAGCCGAGCAGAUGGUGUCUUCUCUGGGGGAAAUGCUGGGGCUGGAGGCCGCGGCGCCUCUGGCCCUGUGGCCGGCCGGAGUGCUGCUUCUGUCGGUCGGCCUGGGGCUGGUCCUCACGCUGCUGCUGCUGGGGCUCCACAGGCCCGGAGCGGCGAGGGAGCAGCGGGGGAGGGCCGAGGACAGCCCGCCGGAGCCGGGCCGAACCGGGAAGCCCGAGGAGCCGCGGAAGAGGAUAAGGAAGAAGGCGGGAGAGAAGAAGCUGCAGAGGAACGGUCUGGCCGUGGAGCCGCAGGAGGAAGUGAAGCCGGCGGAGAUGCAGAGUUCGGACCCGGCUGAACCUAAAGCUGAUAAGGCCAAGAAGAAUAAGAAAAAGCCCAAAACUCCAGCAAAAGAAGCAAAAUCUGCCCCUUCAGAGCGUAAAGAACAGGAUGAAGCUGGUGCCUGGGAGACUAAAGUGAGUAAUCGUGAGAAGCGUCAGCAGAGGAGGAAGGAUAAAGGAACUGGAGAUGAAUCAGGAAGUCCUGGAGGAGUGGAGCCCACAGCUAGUGUUCCCAACCCUGUACAGCCCAUAAUAACCCCAGAAGAACCCAAAGCCCCCACCCCACCGACCCCAACCAACAAAAAACACACCUCCAACACGCCCUCCACCACCAACAACGCCGCCAGAACAACCACCUCCACCACCACCACUCCUAAAACCUCCCCCAGGACCACCAGCAACACCACGCCGGCCCCCGCAGCCCAGAGAAAAGAAGAGCCUCCUGCAGUUGAAGUCCCUCAUGCUGUCCUUCCACAAGUGUCUCCGGGCUGGGAGGAGGUUGUGAAUGUUAACGGAUCCGGCUGGAGAGAGUUCGGAGCUCCGGUUCAGCUGGACGGCUCUGAACGGCAGGACCGACACUCCGCCUGGACUCACGACAUGGAAGGCUCUUGGACAAUCGUGGACAGCACUAAUAUUCCAGUCUCCUUCCCUGGACUGCCUACAGGUGUUGAGUCUCAGGCGGUUGCUGAUCUCUCCUGGACGUGUCAGCCUGUGGUGGAUGAUGAAUGGUCUGGUGUGGCCAGUGGCUGUACGGACCCUGACUGGGAUGCACCGACUGAAGUGUGGGGUCAUUAUGAGGAUCAGCCACUAGAGGGCGCUGUGGGCACCCAGCCACCGUCGGCCGAGCUGCAGGAAUCUGAUCCUGAAAAGGACAAAGACGACCCGGCUGCUCCUGGAAGUGGAAAAGCCAAGAAGAAGAAAAAGAAGAAGAAGAAAUUAGAGGAGGGCGGAGCUACUGCUCAGGUGGAGGUAGAAGUGGGUGUGGCUAAAGACCAGAACACUGCAGGGAACAUUUUGCCUAAAACAGUCAAAGAACAGGAGAGCGUGGCUCCAGCUGGUCCUCCACGGUCUGUUGCGAAAGUGUCCGAACCUUCUGAAGCUUCUGUGAGGACCUCAGCAGCUCCAUCAGCACAGAAAAAGGCGGAGGAGAGCUGGGAGUCUCCGAAGCAGGUGAAGAAGAAGAAGGCCCGGAGAGAAACGUGAACGUGGGUCCUGCGGGAGGAGACGUCGAUAUGCAAAUUUUAUUUUGGUUGUACGAAAUUUCUGAAAUAUUUGUCUUUUUUUUUUUUUUUAUGUACUAAAACCUUUGCCAGUAUUGAUUAGGGUCAGAACGUGACCGGGCGCAUUCGUUCGGACGAUGCGCUUAAACGUAACAUAUCAAACUUGUGACUGGACGCUUAAAAAAAAAAAGAAUAAAAAAAUGUGAUGUCUCUUUUUUUUCCGUGCGAAUUAUUGUCUGUUGUUAAUUUAUAAUUAUGUAGUGACUGACUAGGCUUUUAUAGUGACGUUUAUCUGAGUGACUAAUAAAAAUAAUUAAAAAUACCUGAUUAAAACAUAUAAAAGUUGACAAAGUGUUCAGUACUGAGGUGAUGCUUGGUUUAGUUGUAAUAUAAUAUAAAAGUCGCAUCACGUUUUAUUGUUAUUGAUAAAAAGGUCAAUAAAAAAGCCAUAUGUGGAAUUUAAAAUUCGCUGUUUUAUAGAUACGAGUUAAUAGAUAUUAACUGCUUGAAUAACAGUGACUUUCUUUUGUUUUGUUUUUUUUCUCGAUUUUUAUUUAUUUUUUUAUUAUUCCCCGUCAGAAAUGUUGAACCCGGUGUCAUUCGUAUUUGCGCAUCUUCUUUUUGCAUGUGUAAUUUUAUUGGUUUUAUAAUUGUGAGUGGUUAAUAUUCAUUCACAGGUUUUUCGGCAUUUAGCUGCACAGCUCAGGAGCUGCAGACGCAAAAUUCUAUAAAAUCAAAUAGAAUUCUAUUAAAUUAAACACCCAUUCACACUGGUUAAAGGACUACUCUGGUGAUUUUCAGCAUAAUCUUUACCUGCUGUAUCUCUGGGCACUGACCUCCAUUAUAAAGACUAAUAUUAAUAUUUAGAAUUAAAUUAAAUUAAAUUAAAAUAAACCGAAACUACAUACUAAAGAACAGUCCUUUUAUUAGUAUGUACAUUCUGUUCUUUUAAAUAUUUCUCAAGAAUAGGGAAUCUAUUUCCAGCCAACUUUUAUUUUAACUCAUUUAUAAUUUAUUUGUAAAUUGUAAUUUAUUUAUUAAAAUAAAUAUAGAUAAUAAACAGACAGACAAUUAAUAGGAGAUUUAUAUGAUAUAAACAAAAUACAAAGCAAAACCAAAAGUAUACAUCUAAGUAAGAGAAGCUAUACAAAUGUUUUUAAAAAAAUGAUUUAAAUCACUUAAUGCUGUUUAUAUUAUAUAAUAAGUCAUUCUAGACUGAUCUGGGUUUCUGUAGCAUGUGUGUAUUAGCGUUAGCAUUAGCCUCCACUCUAAACGUGCUGUUCAGUGCUGGUUUAAAAUAAAAAAAGCGUGAUAUUUUAAUAUAGUCUUGGUGUACAUUGUUUCAAAUCUUGCGGAACAGACUAUUUACUAUCUCUAAAAUAAUAUUUAGAAGUAAUCACCCGUUAAAAUACAUUCUCUGCCCAUUGACUUCCAUUAUAAAUCAGAUUUAAGUUUUUUUCCCUUUUUUAGGAAAACCUGUCCAAUUCCUGUCUGUUCUAAUCGAUAUAUGCUUUUAGCUAAAGUUAAAGGUUAGGUUGAAACUCACCUGUAGUCUCUUUUAACAAGUUUAAAGAGCUUUAUACAUGAGGAGUGAAUCAGAUCAUCAUUAUUAUGUUGAGUAAAGUAUCUCUUGAACUGGUUCGUCGUGGUGUUUGAAACGUUUGUGGCGACAGGAACGAACUUGGAUGCCUUAAACCCCUCGCGUGCAGAACGACAGCUGGAAACAUCUGUCUGACGCAUGCGUUUCUCUCCUGUUGUGUUUUUUUGUCUGAUUAAAGUCUGAUUAUAAAGGUGGUUUCUUUACAAA